GUUCCUCUGUCAUCAAUCUUCAACAACACCUAACAAGAGUUCCAGAAACAGAAAGAAACAAAUAGUGUUUCAUUCAUCUCUGCAAAACACACCAUUAAAUAUAGUAAGAAAAGCUCGUUUAGAUAAUCAUGGCCAUGGAAACCGAGGUUGCCACCACCACUCCACAGUUGGCACUGUCCGAUACAGACAUAAACUGGGACAGAUUGGAUAAGACUAGGUUUCAUAUCAUAGGUGCAAUACUCUUCACAGCUCAGUCAGCAUUACUUCAUCCAACAGCAGUGGUGAAAACAAGGAUGCAAGUAGCUAGUUCAGGACUCUCUAACAUGAAGGGAAUGUCAGUGUUCACUCAUAUUUUGAAGAGUGAUGGAAUUCCAGGAAUCUUUAGAGGUUUUGGUACUUCUGCUAUUGGAUCAAUGCCUGGUAGGGUUUUAGCCCUCACAUCUCUUGAGAUGUCAAAGGAUAUUGUGUUGAAACACACUCAAGGUAGUGAUAUUCCAGAAGCUUCAAGGAUUGGACUUGCAAAUGGAGUUGCUGGCAUGGUUUCUAAUUUGGUAUCUUGUGUUUAUUUUGUGCCCUUGGAUGUGAUCUGCCAGAGGUUAAUGGUUCAAGGUCUACCUGGAACUUCAUGUUGUAGAGGACCAUUUGAUGUUAUCCGAAGAGUGCUGCAUGCGGAGGGUUUUCGUGGUUUGUAUAGAGGUUUUGGAUUAACGGCUGUAACGCAAUCUCCAGCAUCUGCACUUUGGUGGGGUUCAUAUGGUGCAGCACAACACAUAAUUUGGAGGAGUUUAGGAUACAAUGAUGAUAUGGAAAAGAAGCCUUCACAUGUGGAAAUGGUGACAGUUCAGGCUACUGCUGGGAUGGUGGCUGGCGCUUGUUCGUCUGUUAUCACUACUCCCAUAGAUACCGUUAAAACACGACUUCAGGUUAUGGACAAUUAUGGUUCUGGAAGGCCAUCUGUACUGAAGACGGCAAGAACUCUCGUUAAGGAAGAUGGAUGGUGGGGAUUUUACCGAGGGUUUAGACCAAGAUUUUUGAAUAUGUCACUCUAUGGAACAACUAUGAUUGUUACUUAUGAACUCAUAAAGAGAUUAUCAGUACAACCAAGUAUGAGUUCUUUUGCUUAAGAAGUGCAACCGUGCUGAGACAACGGAGACAAAGAAUCAAGCUUGACUUUAGCAUCGCUAACCUUUGUUUAGUGACAGCUGAUGGGUAGAUUCCUUCAUCCUCAAGCAUUGCAUGAUGCAGUACGAGAAAACCUGAUAGGUCCCUUAUAGGUACGGCCUUCUCGUACUUCAUCAUGCACUGUCAAUUAUUUCUUACAACAGAAAUAGGGGAAUAAUAAUGUAAAACUUACAAUGUAUUCUCUUGGCAUUAUAGUUCUGUUAACAUCUGACUGUGAUAUAUUUUGAGGCCUUGGUGAAUUGAUGCUAAAUUGUAAGGAAUGGGACAAUAUGAAUUGGUUGUGCAUUUAGGAAUGCAAAAGCUAGGAAAAUUCAUGAUAAGCUGCAUGAGAAAUGAUCCGAGUUAGAUGAUUGACUUGUAAUUAUGUCACUUUCUACAAGUGCUUGUUGAGAAAUCUAACAAAAGUUCAAAACUGAAAGUUGACAUUUAAAUGUUAGUCAAUCAAUCAGCUGGUGAUUAUUUUAGAAAGUUUCUCAAUUGCCUGUCCAAUAUGCUCUUUUUGGUAGUGUAUAUCUGGCAUAAAACAUGAUUAUGUUGGAUGUGUAACUUUUAGUUUGCACAAAGGUUAUGGGAAACUAGUUCUACAAGAUCAUCAUCAACUUAAGGAAUAUGGAUGGUGGGGAUUUUACAGGCUUUUGGACCAAGAUUUUUAAGUGUCUUACCUGCAUAUUUUGGAUUGGUAAUCAGACUUUUUUUUUAA